AACAGGUCAGUGGACAAACCCGACCCAUUACAACUAGUACGUCCUCAAAAUUCAGUACCCUUUUCACACUCGGCAUCUUUGCCGUCUGUGACCUCUUCGCCGCCUCUCUGCUCAUUAUCUCCGGCGCCUUUCUCUCUCUGUUAGAUUUGAACUGAAAAAGAAUAAAAUUUUUGAGGGCUAUCUCUUGUAAUGGAUUCACCUGAACGUGGUCGGAUUUACAUUUCACGGGAAUUAGAUGAUAGUUCAGAUAUGAAGAGUGAUAGGGUGAGAGAUGAUGGAGAAUGGGAUGGUGCUGAUAAGAGGAAGCACAGGUCUAGCAAAUCAAGAAAGACUGGGAACGGAGAAGAAUCUGAAGGAUUAGACAAUAGUGGCAGAAGGAGAAGUGCUGGGGACAAAAAUGAAAGCCGAAAGAGACCAAGUGGAUCAAGCAGAGCAGGAAGCGAUGAAGAUGACUAUGACACGGGAAAGGAGUCCCGUUCUAAACAAUUAAAGAAGAAACAAGAGGAAAGUGCACUGGAGAAAUUGAGCAAUUGGUAUCAGGAUGGAGAAUUAGAUAAUAAGCAUGAUGGUGGAGACAAGUCUGGGAAUAGGGGACAUGGUAGAGCAGAUGAGAGUGAGAGAAGGAAAUCAACUUCAAAUGUUUCAGGUUAUGAGAAAUCACAGAGUAGAACUAAAGGGAAAGAUGAAAUAUCACAUGAUGGAGAUCUUGAGAAGCCACCAGACAGAGAUUCCAGAUAUUCUGAAAGGAGGGAAAGUAGCCGAGAAAAGGGUCAUGGAUCUUCUGAGCAGGGUCGGAACCAAAGGAGAAAAUGGGAUGAAUCAGAGGCCGUCAGGAAAGCUGAAGAAAGUAAUUACGUGGAAAAAUCUGAUCUUAGAAGUGGGAAGUCUUCUGAUCCUAAGCUUGAGAGUGCUAGAGAGAGAGGUCUGUCUCUGAGAACUGAACCUAGUGAGAGCAAAAGCAGGACUUUAGAUUCAAACAAUGACAAGGGUGCGAAAUCUUAUGACAGGGAAGAUAGAAGAGUUGAUGCUGAGAGGAGUAAGAGCAAGGGGAGGUCAGAAGCCCCAGAAGAAGACAAUAAAGGAAUUUCUUUGUCUCAUGAAGACAGAUCAGAUAAGGAGGGAAUCGAGAAGCAUAAACAGCAGAGAAAUCCCUCUGGUCCGGACAUUGCUGAAAGUCGGGGGAGGUCUUUCAAUACAGAUGAGGAUGGUCAUAUAUGGACAAGAGACAAAAAUAGAAGAGAAGUGGAGUACUCUAACAGAACCAAGACUCCUGAGAGGAGUGGGAGGCGUCAUCAUGAAUCAGACAACUAUGAGAUGGAUAAAGAAAGAAGCAUUACUUUCAAGCAGAAAGAACUGGAAAAGGACGGUUACAGGGAUGAUAGAUUAAAAGGACGAGAUGAUAGCUGGGUAGAGAGGGAUAGGGACCGGGAAGGUUCCAAAGACACUUGGAGAAGAGGGCAACCAAGCAGUAGUGAUAAGGACACAAGAGAUGGGAACGUUGCUUACAAUCAUGCCAGAGACUGGGAGUUGCAGAGACAUGGCCGUGAAAGGACUGACAAUGAAAGGCCCCAGGGUCGUUCUGGUGGUCGGAAAGAUGGAAGUAGGACUGAAGCUGUGAAAACCUCAUCAAAUUAUGGAAUUUCUAACGAGAACUAUGAUGUGAUAGAGAUCCAAACCAAGCCCUUUGAUUAUGAAAGAGAGGAAUCUGGACCUGCUUUUGGCAGGAGAAAUGAAGUUGGUCCGCAAUAUGAUACAAAAUUGGCACCAAAUGAUGAUGAGUGGGCAUGUAUGAGAGGGGACAGAGCAAGGAGGACUGAUAUACAUGGAUUUGGGCCAUCUGCUGAUGAUUCAAAGGAUAGAUUUAUGGAUUAUGGUACCACUAUGCGUGAUCAAAAUUCAUGGAGGGUUGACAUUGACACUCAGGCAGGGAAAGCAAGAGGCCCGAAAGGUGGUAUGCCCAAUCAUAGUGCUAAUAGCCAAAGUUCUGGCAGUGGUUCACAGCCUCCAUAUGGAAACCAGGAGCCAGGUUCCUUUAGUAGAACUGUUCCAUUAGGAGUUAAAGGUAGUAGAGUUGGGAAAGGAGGAAGGGGUAAGCCUGCUGGGAGAGACAGCCAACAGGUUGGUAUUGCGGUGCCCAUGAUGGGAUCACCUUUUGGACCGCUUGGAAUGCCACCUCCUGGACCAAUGCAACCUCUGACUCCUAGCAUGUCUCCUGCACUGGGUCCUCCAAUGUCCCCUGGCGUAUUUAUUCCACCGUUUUCGCCACCUGUUGUUUGGCCUGGAGCUCGAGGCGUUGACAUGAAUAUGUUAGCUGUUCCACCUAAUCUCUCACCUGUUCCUCCUGGAGCAUCAGGGCCAAGAUUUCCUCCUAAUUUAGGCAAUCAGCCAAACCCUGGCUUGUAUUUUAAUCAAACAGGCUCUGGAAGAGGAGUUCCUCCGAACAUAUCUGGCCCUGGUUUCAAUGCUAUGGUUCCUAUGGGACAAGGACAGCCACAAGAAAAAGGCCCUGCUGGUUGGGUUCCUCCAAGAACUAACAGACCUGCUGGUAAAGCUCCUUCCAGAGGAGAGCAGAAUGAUUACUCCCAAAAUUUUGUUGACACUGGUAUGCGGCCCCAGAAUUUCAUAAGGGAACUAGAGCUCACUAAUGUUGUAGAAGACUACCCCAAGCUUCGGGAGCUCAUACAAAAGAAGGAUGAAAUUGUGGCCAAUUCUGCUUCUCCUCCUAUGUAUUACAAGUCUGACCUGAAAGAGCAUGUGCUGUCUCCAGAGUUCUUCGGAACCAAGUUCGAUGUCAUUCUUGUAGACCCCCCUUGGGAGGAAUAUGUACAUCGAGCUCCUGGUGUCACUGACCAUAUGGAUUACUGGACAUCUGAAGAAAUAAUGAAUCUCAAGAUUGAGGCAAUAGCGGACACACCCUCUUUCAUUUUCCUUUGGGUUGGUGAUGGUGUAGGUCUUGAGCAGGGCAGGCAAUGUCUAAAGAAGUGGGGUUUCCGUAGAUGUGAAGAUAUAUGUUGGGUGAAGACAAACAAAAGUAAUGCUACUCCAGGAUUGCGUCAUGAUUCUCAUACUUUGUUUCAGCACUCAAAGGAACACUGCUUGAUGGGCAUAAAAGGAACUGUUCGUCGCAGUACUGAUGGUCAUAUAAUCCAUGCAAACAUUGACACUGACGUAAUUAUCGCUGAGGAGCCUCCUUAUGGUUCAACAGCAAAGCCUGAAGACAUGUACCGCAUAAUAGAGCAUUUUUCCCUUGGCCGUAGAAGGCUUGAGCUCUUCGGUGAAGACCAUAAUAUUCGGGCUGGCUGGCUGACUGUUGGUAAAGGACUAUCCUCAUCAAAUUUUGAUGCCGAGGGAUAUGUCAAGACUUUCGCUGACAAGGAUGGGAAAGUUUGGCAGGGAGGGGGAGGACGAAAUCCACCGCCAGAAGCACCUCAUCUUGUUAUUACGACCCAUGAUAUCGAGUGUCUUCGGCCCAAGUCACCAAUGAAGAAUCAGCAGCAACUACAGCAGCAGCAUUCGGCAUCCAUUUCUCUCACAACGGCCAACUCCACCAACAAAAGGCCUACUGGAAAUUCACCACAGAAUUAUAAUGCUCUAAGUCUGAACCAAGAAACGUCCAGCUCUAAUCUUACAACUUCAGCUCCAUGGGCUUCCCCCAUGGAGGGCUUUAAAGGACGUGAAGGCAGCAACAUGGCUUCAGAUGAUCGGCCUUUUGAUGGAUGGGUGUAAUUGUUCUUGCCAGCAAGUAAACAGGGAAUACUGAGAUUAUAAAUCUCAGAGAGCAAUUAUUGUUUUUAGCAAAGAAUACCCUGGAGAGAGAGAGAGAAAAAAAAAAUGUUCUGUAGCAAAGCUCUCAAGCGUGAAUGUGCUGGUUCUUUUUUUUUUUUCUUCCUCUAUAAUAUAAUUUAAAGGAAAUGCCUUUACAUCCAAUGUGAGUAUCUGUAUCACUCUUCAAUUAUGGAGAGCUGCAACUGUUUCUAGUUUUAGUGAUAAGUUGGGAUUGCUAAGGAUCGAAACUCAUGAUUUGAAUCUUUAUCAUUCACAGUAAAUUUUGUAA